AUGCCGAGAGUGCUGCUGUCUGGACUCAUCGGCGUUGUCUCCUGGAAAAGGCCUCUUUCCCUCGUGAUAACCUUUUUCAUGCUGCUCUCUGCGGUGUGUGUAAUGCUGAAUUUGGCUGGUUCAAUUCUCUCCUGUCAGAAUGCUCAGCUAGUCAACUCCCUAGAAGGCUGUCAGUUGAUUAAGUUUGACAGCGUCGAGGUGUGCGUCUGCUGUGAGAUGCAGCACCAGUCGUCCGGCUGCAGCAACCUGGGGGAGACGCUGAAGCUGAACCCGCUGCAGGAGGACUGCAACGCCGUACGGCUGACCUUGAAGGACCUCCUCUUCAGCGUGUGUGCCCUCAACGUGCUCUCCACCAUCGUGUGUGCGCUGGCCACAGCCAUGUGCUGCAUGCAGAUGGUCUCCUCCGACGUCCUGCAGAUGUUCCUUCCCCAAAGGGCACCUUCUGCCAGUCCGGCCUGCGUGACCCCGCACGGCACUGUGCUCCACCAGACCCUGGAUUUUGACGAGUUCGUGCCCCCGCUGCCCCCUCCCCCCUAUUACCCUCCGGAGUACACCUGCACGCCCACCGCCGAGGCCCACAGGGGCCUCCACCUGGACUUUGCUCCCUCUCCGUUCGGCACCCUGUACGGCGUCGCCAUCAACAGCCCCGGCCUGCUCUACCCCGCCGAGCUUCCGCCGCCCUACGAGGCCGUGGUGGGCCCGUCCCCUGCCAGCCAGCUCACGAGUGCAGACCAGCAGGUGACCGAGCCCAGCUCUGGGGACCCGGAGGCCACCACCGGCUUCAGCACACAAGCGCCGGCCGACAGCACGAGCCUCCUGGCCUCCGAGGGUGCUGCUGCCCCGGGCCUCAGCUGCCCAUCUCCUGAUGGCCCCCCUGGCACUCCGCUGCCUGCCCCGCGCCCUGGCCACAUGUCCCCUGAGCGACCCACUCCGGGCAUGCAGGCGCGGCUGGGUCCCAGGCGUGUGGCCCGCUCUGCCAGUGACCCCACGUCAUGCAUGUCCAGGACAGCAGGCGAUGCCUCGGCGCACACCCCCUCCCACUGCCAGGACCUGGAGGCGGGCCUGUCCCGGGCUGCCCUGGGGACUGCUUCCCUGUCUCAUUCUUUCACGGCUGCCUGUGUCGGUGGGCACCAGCUCUCACCCCCCGGGGAGCCAGAUGCCUGGAAAGCGGGCCAGCGGUUAAAGCCAGAGGCCUUACAGACGGUCUCCAAAGAGCGGCCGCACCCUUUAGUGGACAGCAAGGCCUACGCGGACACUAGGGUUUUGGUGGCUAAGUUCUUGGAACAUGCCAGCUGUGCCCUGCCCACUGAGGUGCGGCACGUGGUGGGCUCCGCCCGAUCGGCCAUCCCCCGCGAGGAGCGCCACGUGGAGGAGGCUGUCCUCAGCGCCCGCGUCCUGGAGCAGCUGUGAGGGCACUGCAGGUCUGGGCGUGGAGAGGACAGGCCUGGUGUUGGGGGUCCCUGCCGGGGCACGGGCCUGUGGGGAGGAGCUGCUGUCUGGGAGCAUCUGGGGUGGUUCGGGUGGGACAGCUGUUCCCUCCGUGGCAGGAUCCCAUCAGUGGUGUCCUGGAGGUGAUUCUUCCUGCCUGUCCCAGGGACACAGCAAAUGACUUUCUCGAGCCCCCUGCAACUUCUUUGGUUUUGUUGGCACGUGGCACCUCAAACUCCCAGUGACAGAUGACACUCAAGUAAUUAAGGAAACUGAAGCAUCUUCUACACCGUGGCUGUCAAAGAGCAGGACCCCCCACCCCGAGGUAGUUGAGUGUUUAAGUGACUCAAGGACAUCAAGGAAUGAGACUCGGUUGCUUCCUGUUGCUCCGAGGUCACCCCUUUCUCAGAGGCUGACUUUAUAAAGAAAUUCUAGCGCAGAUGACAGCCUGAGCCCAGCCUUCUGCCCG